AUGGACCGCUUCGCCACCCUCGCCCACCUCAUCGCCUCCCUGCCCCCCCUGCAGCUCACAGCGGUAUCUCUGGCCAUCCUAACCUUUGCCGGCUAUCUCUGGCUCUACCCCAUUGCUUACGCCAGACUCGCCUACCGCAACUUGCCAGGACCAGACCCCGGAAGCUUCUUCUGGGGAAACAUCACCGGCGUCUUUGCUCCACCCACCCCAAAUUCUGCCCACGCCGAUUGGCACAAGGCCCAUGGCCACACUAUCAAGUACCGCAUGCAAUUCGGCUCCCACGACCUCUCUACCAUCGACCCCGCCGCCUUGUCUUACAUCGUCAACAACCCCUAUAUCUUUGACAAGCCGCCCGUGGUCAAGGCGUUUCUGGGCAGGCUGGUUGGUGCGGGGGUUAUCCUCAGCACCGGCGAUCAUCACAGGAACCAGAGGAAAAUCAUGGGCCCGGCCUUUGGCCAAGGGGCAGUCAAGGAGAUGUUUCCAGUCUUCUACGAUGUCUCUUAUGCGCUCAAAGACAAAUUACGCGACCUCAUCUCCAGCCAAGGCAGGAUCGUCACCUCCCCUUCCCCGAUCAAGCCUUCCGAACUUGUCGCCGGUGGCGCCAAGAUCGACGUGUUGAAGUAUCUCACUUUGGCUGCCUUUGACAUUAUCGGCAUAUCUGGAUUUGGAUUUGUUUUCAACUCUUUGUCUGGGGAGAAGAAUAUGGUGGUAGAUUUGGCGGAAGCGUUCCUUCAAAGUGGAUCAGAGCUGGGGGUGCAGUACAUCCUCAAACAGUACUUUCCCUUCACCCUCUUGGUGAGUGUGAAUCAAAACGUGUGUGGCAAAGGUCGCUCACUCUGGCGCGGCGCUCGAGCCGGGACCUCACUCACCAGGAAAAGAAUUCAAGAGAUUCUGGAUAUCACUUCGGGAGAAGGUGUUCAGAAGAGACAAGACAUUGGCAAAGAUCUGCUGUCCCUUCUCGUCAAAUCCAACAUGGCAUCCGAUUUGAAAGAGAAUGAACGACUUGCUGAGGACGACAUUGCCGAUCAAAUUUUGACGAUUCUACUUGCAGGAGGAGAAACGACUUCCAGCGCCGCUUCUGCCACCCUCCGCUUUCUCACCCAGUACCCCGACGUCCAGGACAGACUGCGUAAAGAGCUGUUGACUAUUGAUGAGGACCGUCCUUCGACGGAAACGUUGAACAAACUUCCAUACCUUGAAGCCGUUAUCCGCGAGGCCAUCCGGCUCGCACCCGGCGUCUCGCUCUACUUCCGCACAGUUGUACACGACGUCAUAAUCCCCUUCAGUCAACCCCUCGUCGGAGCUGACGGCAAGUUGAUGACAGAAGUCAAGAUGAAGCGUGGAGAUCAAUUGUUCCUUCCUCUGGCUGCGAUCAACACUUCCUCCGCCCUCUGGGGUCCGGACGGCGAAUCGUUCAACCCUUCCCGAUGGCUCCAGGACGACCCCAACAAGGUCAAGCUUCCCGGAGUCUACGGCAACAACUUUACCUUUGUCGGCGGCACUCGUUACUGCAUUGGCUACCGGUUUGCAUUGCAGCAGAUCAAGGUGGUGCUGUUUGUGUUGCUGCGAGGGUUCGACUUUCAAGAGCUCAAGAGCAAACCAGAGCUUUUCCGAGCCACUUCAUCGGUGGUGCAGACAUAUAUACGAGGCGAGGAGCAUCUGGGUACCCAGAACCCCCUGAUGGUCGUACCCCUUGGUGGAUCCGCAGAAGCGCCAGCAGCGUAG